UCUCUCUCUGUCGCUGUAAAUUAAACGAGGCUUCCACUUGUAACGAAAGCGAGAGGGAGAGGGAGGAAGGCCCAAGGCGACAACGUAUUCGAGCUGGUGCCCCCCCAAUAAUACCACUCCAAUUCGCAAUUUGGAAUCGAAUUAGAAUUUUUCGGAUUAGCCGCAUCGCAUCGCUCCCCUCGCCUCUCCCCUUCAAUCCCCCCACGCCACCACGUCGUCGCUGAUCGGAAACCGAUCGGCGAUUCACCAACCGCCUCCGCGUCGGCGGUGGCCGCCGCCGCUGCCGUGCGGGAGCGGGGGAUUCCCGUGGCGGUUGCAUGUAUGCGGGAGGGGAGAAGAGAACCAAUGGGGGAUUGGAUGGUGAGGGAGCGGGAGCGGGAGGGGAAGGAAGAGGGGCGCUUCGCCGGCGGAGGCAGCCGCCCACCUCCGGCUCGGCCGCGUCGUCCUCCUACCCGUCCACCUCCGGCUCGGCCGGGUCGUCUUCAUCCGGCAGGAGGGUGGAGGAGGAGGAGCAAGGGGGCGGCGGCGGCGGAAGGAAACAGGGGAGGCGGAGGAAGGCGGUCGCGAGGGCGAUCCGGGAGAGGCUGCCCGCGGCGGUGGCCUGCUGGGGCAACGGCGCGGUGGUUGAGGGGAUCGGGGGCAGGAGCGGGAGGAGGAGCCGGAGGGAGAGACCGGGCGAUGACGGUGGCGGCGAGGACAACGCGGGCGCCGCCGCGAGGGCUCCCGCGGCGGCGUGGUGCUGCGUGUGCCCCGACGAAGAGUGCCGGCUGGAGGCGAACCCGAGCGCCAACGGCAAGGAGGACCCGGGCCUCCGCGCCCUCCUCGAGAACAACGACUUCUUCUCCGACGACUGCAACCCGCACGCCGCCGCCGCCUUCCCCGAGCCCGGCGACCGCUCCAAUUAGGUGCCAUUGAUCCCAUUCCAUCCAAUUACCCAUCAUCAUCACCACACACAUUUCUGUACACAGUUUUACAGAAAAAGAAGAAGAGGAUUUUUCUUUUGUUUUAUUCCAUUCGGAGCUGUGAUGAGGUGUCUGAUUGCGUUUCUUGAUUCCUUUCCCCUGAUUCUUCCUGUACUUUCUCUGUCACUGGUUGUAUGUGUACUACUGUGAUGGCAGGCGUGGUCAUGAAGUGGAAUGAAAUCAAUGGAUCGGCAUGGAUUUUCUUGGUUUU